GGAAAUGACGUAACAUCACGUGAAUCAGUGAAAAAAAAGUAUUUCCUUGUACUAGGGGAAAGCUGAGGUCUAGACAUGUCUAAACCCAAAUUAGUUGUGUUUGACCUCGAUUUCACACUGUGGCCUUACUGGGUGGAUACCCACGUCAAUCCUCCUUUCCGCAAGGAUAAGAGUGGGAGGGUGGUGGACUCAUGCAAUGAACAUGUCCGGCUUUAUGAAGACACCGUAGACGUUCUCCACUUUCUGCACACUCAGGGCAUACAGAUCGGCGUGGCUUCGCGCACAGGGGAAGUGGAUGGAGCCAAUGAGCUACUCUCACUCUACAACCUCGACCAAUACAUUUCCUUCAAAGAGAUUUACCCAGGGUCAAAGGUCCCACACUUUAACAGGUUGCAGGCAGACAGUGGCGUGUGCUACACAGACAUGAUGUUCUUUGAUGAUGAACCCAGAAACAUCAUUGAAGUCGGCAGGCUGGGUGUGCACUGUGUCCUGGUUCCUGAUGGUGUUACCUCUAAACUCCUUUAUGAUGAGCUUCAGAAGUUCAUGAAGAGGACCUGAGUGUGUAAAUCUCCGCUGCAGUGUACAGCGUGUCCUGCAGGGAGCAGCAGAGAUCAUCACUCUCAUCACUGCGUACUGUAACACUUUGUGAAGAGUGUAUUUUUGACUUUACUCAUGGACGUAACCACGCAUUCUUUGGGGGGGGGGGGGG